AUGGCCUUCGAAGCGCAGGAUGAGGGAGCCGUGGCCAAAAUCCUAGUCGAAGAGGGCACGAGCGACAUUGCCGUCGGAUCACCCAUCAUG